AUGGACAUUCGUAUAGCUCUCGGCAUCCUCGAAGAAAGGCCACCACAACACGGAGGUGUAGGUGUUCGUUCUCAAAUUUUAACAAAGAAAGCCAUUCAUACCAUACGCAAGGCGUACUACGAAUGGAACGGGGCAGACAUUAAAACAGACACGGCGGCUCAGGUUUGUAGCCAUCUAUCUAUGAAUGCCGAGGCCACCGUUAGUGCUGUAUAUAGAUAG